AGGGUAUUAAAAAUGGGUUUGGGGAGGGAAGGGGUUAAGUUUGGAGGAAUUUUAGACAGCCAAAAAUUAAAUGGAAAAGAAAAGAAAAAGGGGAGUGGGGGCAUACCUGUUGUGCGCAGACGGGAGCAGAAGGCUUGCCAGGGGAAUUAUUUGCCUCGCUGACAUCAUGUUGAUGUCAGCAUGAGGCACCAUGCACUACCAACGGCUCAAUUGUUUGUAUAAAAAAAUAUUUGGUAGAUCCAACUGUUGUGAUGAACUUGACACUGUUUGAACGGGACAAAAAAUGAUCCAACGGCUGAAAUUUAAAUCCAACGGUUGAAAUAAUUUAUUUUAUUUUUCUAUUAUUUUUAAUUGAUAUUUUGCUCGAAAAUCCUAUAUAAACACCUCAUUCCUUCUUAUUUUAAUCAAACAUCUUCCAUAUCUCUCAUUCUUCAUCAUAUUUUUUCACUACAAUUUUGUUAUGUCUUCCUCAAAAAGGGGUGUUAAUUGGAAUGCUAAAGAGGAUGUUGUUCUAUGUAAUGCUUGGGUCACCAUAUCUGAAGAUGGUGCCAUUGGAAUAAAUCAACCGGGGGAGACUUUCUGGGGCCGAAUUCACGAGAUAUUUUCGGCACAAAGUCAAAUUCCUCGAACUCGAGAUGCAAUUGAGUCUCGUUUCAAGAUCAUCAAUAAUCAAUGUUCUCAAUGGAAAGGUUGUGUGCGGAAAGCGAACGCAACUCCGAGGAGUGGGUCAAACCUAGACGAUUUGAACUUUCAAGCCAAAGACAUUUUCAUGAAUGAUAACAAUGGCAAGACAUUCAAAUUUGAGCAUGCGUGGCGUGUCCUCCAAGUGUGUCCGAAGUGGUACCAACAAUACGAAGCUCCGGUAUCCUUCUCCCGGCCAAUAUCGUCUCCACAAUCGCACGAUUCGCCCACACUCGGAGGUAGUGCUAGCUCUCCCUCGGAUGGAGAGCCACUUCAACGUCCCGAAGGCCGGGACAAGCAAAAGGCCAAAAGAAGUGGAAAGGCAAAGGUGUCUAAGUUAGAUCCAAUGAUGACGCAAUGUUUACAAGAAAUGAUUGAGCAAGGCAGAGAACAAGCUUCAAGAAGAGCUAAGCGUGAUGAGCUUCAACACAAAGCCGUAGAGUCGGAGAUUACCAGAAACCAGUAUGACUUACUAGCUGCGGACCUUUCAAAGUUUUCACCGAGGAAGCAAAGGUGGAUUAAGCAAAAACAAGAUGAAAUAAUGGGGUAUUCUCAAAAUUCCUCAAGUGAUGUUCCCGACACUCCUGCAGAAGAAGUGUACCGUCCCCACUUUGAUUUCUAGUUAUUAUGUUUUGUUGUUUUUAUUUUGUAUUGUGUUGUAAGUUGAAUUUCACAUAUGUUUCACUUUUAAAUUCCAUGUUUUGUUAUUUUAAUUUAUUCAAUGUGUUAUUAUUUUAAUUAUGUGUGCUUAUUUAAUGUUCACGUUUAU